GAAGGGGCUUUUUGCUUCACUGUGAACCAGCCAAUCAUGUUCUGCAGGGUGAGGACAAUGAACCAAUCAGACCUGACAGAUGUAGCCGAAGGUAGGAGUGUGUGAAUCUGAUACGUGUUCCGUUGCUUCAGUAGGUCAGAACUACUGUGGAGAAGAAGCAGGACUAGAGAAGCAGACAAGAUGAUGAUGUACUUUGUGAAUGUUUUCCUGCUCUGGUCUUUGUGUGUGGCACAGUUCAGUGACAUCUCUCAGCCUGUUUCUUUCCAAACAGCGAACCUCGGAGACUCAGCUACUAUUGAAUGUCACAUACAGAGUGAAUUGAAAAAAAGAGUAUGGUACAAAUUCACUACAUGGAAAAGACUACAGCUUGUGGCAGCAUUUGAUUCAUACUAUAAUCGGAGUAUAAUUCCUGAUGAAUUUCUUCAUCGUUAUUCAUUAAAAUUUGACAAAUUCAGCAGUCAUCUGACCAUAUCUGCAACAACAUGGGAGGAGGUUGGAACAUACUUUUGUGGAGUAAUGUACUUAAACAACAUUACAUUUGGAUCAGGAACCUUUCUGAUGGUGAAAGGUGCAAAGAUGAUCAGUGACUCUGUAGUCCAGCAGCCAGAGUCUCAGUCAGUCCAGCCAGGAGACUCCGUGACUCUCAGCUGUUCUGUUCACACUGGCCACUGUGCAGCAGAACACACCGAUGUCAUGUGGCUGAAGAACUCGGAUCAUUCUGCUCCAGAAAUGAUUUACUCCUCUGGAAGUAAGAACAUCAUCUGCCAGAGGACUGAGAGCGGAGAACCUACCUGUGUGUGCAACCUUCUCAUGAGGAACCUCAGCUCUGAUGAUGCUGGAACCUACUGCUGUGUUGUGACUUCAUGUGGACAGAUACUGUUUGGAAAUGGGACCAGGAUUAAUAUUCACAACACCGAGCCAGCUGAACUAAGUCCAACUGUUAUUGCAUUGAUGCUGUCAAACAUCAUUCUUGGAAUUGUGACACUCAUUCUUAUAUGGACACUUUGCAAGAGUCGGAGGAAAGAUUCCACAGAGGCAACUGAUGGAUCUUUUGAAGGCAAUCAGACUAGUGAUGCAGUUAUCUAUGCAGCUGUGUGUUCAGCCCCCAGAAGACUCCCACCCCCCAGACAAGCUACAGUGAAAUGCAGUGGAGACUCUGUAGUUUAUUCUGACAUCAGAUAUUGUCAACAGAACCAAGACGUUUCGUCUUGGGACUGCAGACAAACCAGGGAGGAAGAAGACUGAUGGAGUAAGAAAGCCUUGCUACAAUCUAAUGUACCUAUAUCUCCUGUUUAGUGGUAUAUAAACAAGUUUAAAAUAUGCCCAAAGAGCUCUUUAUCGUCAAGUCAGCCACUGGAGCUUGGCAUUUCUUCGUGACUAUAAUUAAAGCUGCACUCAGUAACUUCACAUCUUUGCAGCCAAAUCUAUAGUGAGAUUUUCAGUGAUGGUCAUAUUUACCAGCAAGCUUACCUGCAAUGGGUUGUAAAUAUCUUGCAUUGAUUGCUGCAGCUUACUCUGGACUAAGCAAUGGCAAUGUUUUUUUGUUAGUUGUAUUCUUGAAUUUAAAUGCAGCACUUCCUUUUUACUACUA